UUCUCCAUUCUCCCGGACCACUCUCUUCUUUCCCUUUCUUCUUCUUCACUUUAUAUACAUAUAUAUAUAUAUAUAUAGUUGAUCAAGAUCCGAAUUUGAAGAAUCAGAAAAUGGGUUCAACAGGAUCGGAGACCCAGAUGACACCGACCCAAGUUUCAGACGAAGAAGCCAACCUCUUCGCCAUGCAACUCGCCAGUGCCUCAGUGCUGCCCAUGGUUCUCAAGGCCGCCUUGGAGCUCGACCUCUUGGAGAUCAUAGCCAAGGCGGGUCCCGGCGCGUUCCUCUCACCUUCCGACAUAGCCUCGCAGCUGCCGACCGAGAACCCCGACGCGCCGGUGAUGCUGGACCGGAUGCUGAGGCUUUUGGCCAGCUACAACGUGCUGACGUACUCGCUACGCGAGCUGGGCGACGGCGAGGGCAAGGUGGAGAGGCUCUAUGGCUUGGCUCCGGUCACCAAAUUCUUGACCAAGAAUGAAGAUGGAGUCUCCAUUGCUCCUCUUUGCCUCAUGAACCAGGAUAAGGUUCUUAUGGAGAGUUGGUACCACUUGAAAGAUGCAGUACUUGAUGGAGGAAUACCUUUCAACAAGGCAUAUGGAAUGACAGCAUUUGAAUACCAUGGAACAGAUCAAAGGUUCAACAAGAUCUUCAACAGAGGAAUGUCUGACCACUCCACCAUUACUAUGAAGAAAAUCCUCGAAACCUACAAGGGUUUCGAGGGUCUUAACUCGGUUGUCGAUGUUGGUGGUGGUACUGGAGCUGUUCUUAGUAUGAUCGUCUCUAAAUACCCUUCUAUUAAGGGCAUUAACUUCGAUUUGCCCCAUGUCAUCGAAGACGCACCUCCAUUGUCUGGUGUAGAACAUGUUGGAGGAGACAUGUUUGUAAGUGUGCCAAAAGGAGAUGCAAUUUUCAUGAAGUGGAUCUGCCAUGAUUGGAGUGAUGAACACUGCUUGAAAUUCUUGAAGAACUGCCAUGCUGCUCUUCCAGAGCAUGGAAAAGUGAUCGUAGCAGAGUGCAUUCUUCCAGUGGCACCAGACUCGAGCCUGUCCACUAAGAGUACAGUCCACAUUGAUGUGAUCAUGUUGGCCCAUAACCCAGGUGGCAAAGAGAGAACAGAGAAGGAGUUUGAGGCCUUGGCUAAGGGAGCUGGCUUCAAAGGCUUCAGAGUCCAUUGCAAUGCUUUCAAUACCUAUAUCAUGGAGUUUCUCAAGAGCCCAUGAUUCAUAUAAAUACAAAAUAUAUACUUUGUUAUAUUUUGGUUUGGAUAAUUUCUCUUUCUCUUUCACACAUUGUGGUGAUUUUUCUAUUUUGAAGAAAAAGUGGGUAUUAAUGUAUGCUUUAUUUACACCCUUGAAAAGGAAAAAUGAAAAAUGUGUUACUGAAUUUGCUUGUAAUUUGCACUAAUAAAAGAAAAGUUAAAUGAAAUAUUCCUUCUUCUUUUUUUCA